GCUCCCCCUUCCAUGGGGCAUCUGUGGUCCCUGGAGCACCUGUAAUUCAGUAAGGGGUACUUGCCUCUACCCUGUGGCCAUCUGUGACCCCACGGGGAGUACCGGUCCCUGCCAGCAACAUCUCUUACCCACUGCGGUGUUCCCCCAAGUCACUCACAGGGGACCCUGUGGUGUUGAGGGUCCAGGUCCUGCCCCUUGUGCUGGUGUCAGGGAGUCAGGCCACCUCCCACGGGAGGGAAGGAAAAACAGCCAUAAGUGGAUUUUGGCUGGUGCUGGCCCCAGCGCGGCGCCAGGAGGAUGAAUCCCAGCUGCAUGUGGGGCUGAUGAGGGGCCAGGAUGGGCACGACUGUCAAUGCAAGACACAGUGGGGAGCCGGGGCGGGGUGCACUGUCUCCUCCGUGCCCUCAGUGCUGCCCAAUCCGCUGCAUUCCCACGUCCCGUGAUCAGUGGCUACGGGUUGUGCGGCACCACGACCUUUGAGAUGAGCUGUGCUCGUCCCAUGGCACCUGGAGCCCAGCUGCCCCCCAGAGCAAUGGCAGCGGUGUUGGCUCUGCUGGUGGCCUGGCCAGCUGCCACUGUGGCAGUGACGGCAAAAGGGGGCUCGCUGCUCAACGUCUGCAUGGAUGCCAAGCACCAUAAAACAGAGCCUGGCCCUGAGGGGCAGCUCUAUGGGCAGUGUGUUCUCUGGAAGGACAAUGCCUGCUGCACUGCCAACACCACUUUGGAAGCUCACCGGGACCAGUCCUACCUGUACAACUUCAACUGGGACCACUGUGGGGCCAUGCCAGAGAAGUGCAAGCGCCACUUCAUCCAGGACACAUGUCUCUAUGAGUGUUCCCCUAACCUGGGGCCGUGGAUUGACCAGGCAGACACGAGCUGGCGGAAGGAGCGGAUCCGGGAUGUGCCACUGUGCCAGGAGGACUGUGAGCAGUGGUGGGAGGAUUGCCAGGAUGCUGUCACCUGCAAGGUCAACUGGCACAAGGGCUGGAACUGGACUACAGGCACCAACCAGUGUCCCAAAGGUGCCAUGUGCCAGAAGUUCAAGUUUGUGUUCCCCACGGCGGCUGCACUCUGCGAGCAGGUCUGGUCUGGCUCCUACCGCUACACAUCCCAUCACCGUGGCAGUGGUCACUGCAUCCAGAUGUGGUUUGACCCCACGCAGGGGAACCCCAAUGUUGCUGUCGCCCAAUAUUAUGCCUAUGGCGAUGCUCCCCCAAAGUCCCGUCUCUCUAUCCUGCUGUCCCUGCUGCCCCUCACCCUACUGGCCCUGCUCUGAGCAGGAGGGGCUGCAGGCAGGAGCAGGCAGUAGGUGGUCAGGGGGGUCUCCAGGCUGCCUUGUGCCUCCCCGUGGCAUGUCCCUAAGCUGUGUCCCCCCUCACCCCGAGGCAUGUGGCUCAUGAAUAAAUGCUCCUGCCCUGCUUGGUC